AGUCCGAAUAAAACCCCCACCUGGAGAAGCCCACUUUCGACCAUGCUGUACCUCGAUUAUGGAGAGGGCUAAGGUUUGAGUAGAAACCAUGCGUACCUUCAGUAUAAGCUAAGGUUGUAAUGGUUGUUAACCUCUUGAGACUAUCGAUACCGACAGAAUAAGAGUAAAUCUUCCAUACUAAUUUCUAGUCUGCAGCUAGAAUAUAUGUUGACUGAAUGCGAAGAUCGACAACCACCGAAACAUUUAUUCUAUGAGAACAUUUCUUAAUGGGCCUCUGAAGUAUUCAUUCCAACAACGAAAGACUUCAUGGGAGAGAGAAAUUAAGCUGAACUUUCCAGCAGAAAGAUGGACGAUUCCAACAGAGAUCAUGACGACACGCUGAGCAGUUGACAGUAAGGAUGAGGGGGUUCCUGCCAUGUGUGACCCCACUACUGGGUCUUCUCAUCUUGUUGACCCCAGGGAGGGUUCAAGGGUCAUCAAGCUGUCCCCUGUACUGCUCCUGUCAUGGUGCUCAGGUAGACUGCAGCAGCCGUGCCCUCACCACCUCUUCCUUACCCUCCCGCUUCCCUCCUGCCACCACCGAGCUCCGUCUCCAUGACAACCAGCUGACCACGCUCCCAAACAGCCUUCUGGACUUCCUCUCCUCCCUCCGCUCCGUGUCGCUCCAUGGAAACCCCUGGGCCUGUGACUGCAGUGUGCUCUACCUGCGUGCCUGGCUGCUCCGACAACCUGCCAGCUACACCAGCCACAGCAACAUCACAUGCAGUUCCCCUCCCCACCUGCGAGGGACGCUGGUGGUCUACCUGGCUGAGGAGGAGGUGCUGGAGUCCUGUCACUACUGGUACUGUGACUUGGCACUGGCCUCCCAGGUGUGUUUGUUUGUGUUUGUGGCGGUGCAGGCGGGGCUGCUGGCUGCUGUGGUCGUGUUCCUGAGGAGGUUUGAGAGCCUGUCACGCGAGGCCCGGUGGACCACAGAGGAGAGCUUUGCUGGGGGGGAGGGGCUUACGAGUAAUGAGUAUAGUGAGUAUGAGCCAAUGAAGGAAAGCAUCAUCUGACGAGGGGAGGGAAGGGUCAGGUAGGCAAGGAGAGUUAAGAGGGAGAGGAGACACUUGAAGGGGACAAGCUGGUGAGCAAUAAAAUGAUGGAGCCCUUUCAGGUCUGUGGUAAGAAAAGAAUGAGGAUGAGGAGAAAAGGGCUUGUUAGAUUCACUGGAAACAGGAGAUUCCAGAGAAACUCGCAGGACAAGAAAUUAGGCUAAAUUGAAGUGGUUCUGCAU